GUUCAUACUGUAUAUGAACAGCAUCAAAUUUCAGUGAUUGGAUGUUAUCCUUUAAGGAUGAAUCUUACAGCUGUAUCUAACAAAUUCAAAGAUAUCUUUUUUGUGGCUAUUUAUGAUUCUAUUUUCGUAUAUCGACUGAGUCCAUAUCACAACGAAGAUGAUACAGAUGAUACGUCAAAAAAACCAUUCAGAAAGCUCAACCGUCCUGUAGAUUCAAUUUCUCAUGAUGACGAAGGGCAACAUGUAAUUAAUGCUAUUAAAGUGGGAGAUAUCGGAUAUGAAGAAGUGCUUGUUAGCGUUGAUGAAUCAGGCGACAUUCAUGUUUGGUAUACUUCAAAUCUUGACAGAAAUCCGCUAUAUUUCAGAAAUGAUGAGUCUACGUGGGGUAUAGCACUUCAUGGUCCAAGACGAUUAUUAGCGGUCAGUGCUAAUUCGCAUGAAAUCACAAUUUUUAACCUACAAUAUGGAUUACAACCAUCAGUGAAAUUUCCUAAUAGUAAAGACAUGAGUUGCAAGCCAAAAUAUUCACUUCGUGGUCAUAGACAUAAUAUUCCUAAUAUAUCGUUCAGUUCUUGCGGUCAAUUUUUGGUUUCAUGCAGUAUUGAUCAAUCAUGUCGAAUUUGGAAUGUUAAUACAGGUCAGACUAUAACUUUCCGGGAAAUUUCUAGUGAAUGGGGUUGGUCUGCAAGUUUUGUUUCUACGUCAAAUUUCAAAAAUUCGAAUCGCGUCAUGUCACGGGAUUGUCGUAAACGCAAAGAGCCACGAAGUCAUACUAAUCAUGUAUCCGAAGAAUCAGAAUCAGAAAGAGAUAAUGAAAAUCGUAGUGAUGUAUCGACAGUUUUACAUCCUGUAAUCCCAACUAUCAGAUUUUUAAUUUCGGACACCGAAUAUGAAGAUGGAUAUGAUGGAGCAAUCGAAACUGAGAAUGAAGAAAACGAAUAUAGUUAUUCUGAUACUCAAGAAACGAAUCAAGAUAACGAAAACGUUUCAUCAGAUGAUUCAGAUCAUGAUCAUAGCUCGCGUACUCCAAUUCCAGAUGAUAUGUUUGAUGAUGAAUGGUCACCAAGCGCCGAGACUCAAGAUAUAUAUAGUGAUAAUUCUAAUAUUCGAAAUGAUGAAAUGUCAUUAUCUGAACAAACGGAAAACGAAAAUACCUUAACAUAUUCACCAAGAUAUCCGUCUCCCAUUGUUUAUGUCGGUCAUUUUCCAUCAAUCCCAAUAGCACAACAAAUUCUACCAGAAAUUUACUUCUCUGGUAAUUCCCCUGCACAUUCCACAGAGCCAGAUUCUUCAAUGACACCUGGUCUCGGACAAAAUUCACCACAUAUAUCACCGGCGACUUAUUCACUUCCACAGCUGACUUCAUCAGUUAACGACAUUCCAACAUCUCAGGAACAAGUAGCUACAGCAUUUUCAUCAUCCUCCUUUAAUUCUGAGCAUAUUAGAUCGGAAUCACCAGUUUAUUCUCCGAUGUCGCCGGAGUAUUCACCAAAUACGAACUAUAUCCCAGAAUCACCGCAUUAUGGCCCAAUGUCGCCUCAAUACACACCCACAUCUCCAAGCUAUAAUCCCACAUAUGUACGUCCAAGAGCUCAAGACUUUUUUGAUGAUAUUUCCAAUAAUUCAUACGAGAAUGAGCAACCGUACAGUCAUUUAGAUGACCUUUUUUAUCUAUCACAAUCCUUUGACCGGAGAAUGACGGACCGAAAUAUGCCGUUUUUAAUGGAUCAUUCGGAGACGUAUAAAAUGCAAAAAGGACGAGUUCCUAAGAUAUCUCAAGACCUCGUAUUAUUUGGCACAAAGCAUGACUUAUUUCUUCUCGAUCCUAAGUCAGGUCUAUCCAUUCUGAGUUCAUUACUGAGCGUUGUACGUCGGAGCGAUCCUAGAAGGGGAAGAGAUUUAGAUAUGAACGAUCGAUUAAAUAUGGUUGAGUAUAUCCCAGAACUCUCGCUUGCAAUAGUUGCAAGUCAGAAAGGAAAAGUUGCACUGGUUAGACUUCUCAG